AGGAGCUUCCUGCCACUUCUCCCGUACCGCUUCCUUUUUACGGCUAAACAUGAAAUCAGUGGGGAAGGACGAAGACUUUGUGGCCGCAAACAAGCUCCUUUUUCUGGAGAAAGGGUUAAAACCAGCGGCGAGACCCACGAUUGUCCGGUGGGAACGAGUUACAUUAUUGUAGAGGAAGAUUUUCGGCAGCCAGAGGAGCAGCCUCAGUCCCGCAGGAAAGGCGAAAAAUAUCCAAAAAUGAUGUUUCACUGGCGGAGAGUUGAGGGACCGGGAAAGUAAGAGGAAGGAGCUCUACAAAAAGCGCACCUACACCCAGUUACAGUACAGUCCAUAUCACCUGCAGAGCAGCCACCGUGCACUGAACUCCCAAAACAGCCUACGGAGUAUAGACCGUGGGCGGAGCUCGUCCUUCCAUGAGGUGCGUAGUCAGCGUGAGGCAGAGAUGAGGGCCACAGCUGAGGAGUCAUCCAACAGCAGCAACAGUGUAGGAGGUGGCAGCAGCACUGUCCUGCAGCGCCUCCUGCAGGAGCAGAUGAACCGGAAUUAUGUGCUGCAGCAGCAGCAGCAACAACAACAAGUAGGAGGAGGUGGAGGAGCAGGAGGUGGUGGUGGAGGAGGUUAUCCAGGACAGGGACAGGGAGGCCCCUCUGAUGAUCACUCCAUGACCCCCCACAUCGCCCGACAGGAGCCCCAGGGACAGGAGCUGCAGACAGACAACAGCCUGGAGAAGCUGGGCUCCACCAGAGUAGGAGGAGGGGGUGGGAGCAGUGGAGGGGGAGGAGGUUUGGGGAUUGGAGGAGGAGGCAGCAGUGGAGGUGGUGGGAGCUGUCAGGAGCAGUGCGCAAACCCUGAGGACCUCCCUACGUACGAGGAAGCCAAAGUGCAGUCGCAAUACUUCCGUGGCCAUGGUCCUCCUCCUCAGCCUCAGCAGCAGAGCAAUCAGCCCCAGCAGCCUCCUCUGCCCACCUCUGUGGGCAGCGCCUUCUAUGUCACUGGGGUGACCAAUGCCAAGGUGCGCACUGAGGGUCGCCCCACAGUGCAGCGUGUGAGUGGCGCAGGGAAGGUACACCAGGAUGAUGGGCUGAAGGAUCUGAAGCAAGGUCACGUGCGGUCUCUCAGCGAACGACUCAUGCAGCUCUCCCUGGCCACCAGCGGCGUGAAGGCCCAUGCUCCUGUCACCAGCACCCCACUCUCCCCUCAGCUGCCCCCUCCAGGGCCACUGGGCGACUGUUACAAGCCGCAGCAUCGCGGCCCACCUCCAGAAUACCCCUUCAAAGGAAUGGGCUCACCCACCAAGCAGCAGGAGGCUGGAGGCCAUUUUUACCAGGAGCAGAGAGGGAGGGAGCACUCAAGGGAGGUGCCCCACGUCCGAUACCAGCCCCCGCCUGAAUACGGCUCGUUCAGGUCCAGUAAGGAGGGCUCAGUCCACUCCCAGAGGCCCCUUCACCAGCAUAGUCCCACCUCUUCCGUCACCUCUGUGGGCUCCUUGUCCCGUGCCCAGUCCUCCACCCUCAGCAGCAUACUCAGCACCUCGCACUCCUCCCAUCCCUCCUUCCCUCACCAGCACCCCCACAGCCAGGGAGAGCCCUUCCCCAGCAUGGGGCCCCGCAGUCCACAGGGUCCUGGCUCCCAUCAUCUAGGAGAGCCCUUCACUCUGGGGACCAUUCACCAGACACCACAGAGGGGUCACAGUUUCCCUCAUGACCCCUAUGGCUCCACCCCAAGGAUGCACCAUCAGCAGCAGCACCACCAUCAGUAUCAACAACAACAGCAGCAGCAGUUCCAAGGACCUGCACCCCCCCAGCCCCAGCCUCCCAUCCUGGCUGGACAUUUCCCCCACCCGCAUUCCUUCUCCCACCUGCAGGGGGAGCCAUUCACUAUGAUGGCACGUGCCCACCAGAUGGUGGAUGUGCUGACAGAGGAAAACAGGAUGCUGAGGCAGGAGAUGGAGGUUUUUCGCGAGAAAGUCACCAAGUUGCACAAGUUGGAAACAGAGAUCCAGCUAGUGUCAGAGGCCUAUGAAAACCUUGCCAAGUCCUCCUCCAAGAGGGAGGCCCUGGAGAAAACCAUGAGGAACAAGCUGGAGCUUGAGGUGCGCCGGCUGCAUGACUUCAACAGGGACCUCAGAGAGCGCAUGGAGACGGCCAAUAAGCAGCUUGCUGCUAAAGACUGUGAUGGCUCAGAGGACAACCGCAAGACCAUCUCCCAGCUGCUCGCACAGAACAAAGAGACACUGCGUGAGAAGGAGAAGCUGGAGAUGGAGCUGAAUGCACUUCGCUCCACCACAGAAGACCAGAGGAGACACAUUGAGAUCAGAGACCAAGCGCUCAACAACGCCCAGGCAAAAGUGGUGAAGCUGGAGGAGGAGCUGAAGAAGAAGCAGGUUUACGUGGAGAAGGUGGAGAGGAUGCAGCAGGCACUGGCGCAGCUCCAGGCGGCAUGUGAGAAGAGAGAACAACUCGAGCACAGACUCCGUACAAGACUGGAGAGAGAGCUGGAGUCGCUACGCAUGCAGCAGCGCCAGGGAGCUUCUCAAAGCAGUGGUGCAGUCCCUUCAGAGUACAAUGCCACAGCAUUAAUGGAACACCUGAGGGAGAAGGAGGAGCGCAUUCUGGCACUUGAGGCUGACAUGACCAAAUGGGAGCAGAAAUAUUUGGAGGAGAGUGUGAUGAGGCAGUUUGCCCUGGAUGCUGCUGCCUCUGUUGCCACUCAGAGGGAUACAUCUGCAGCAGUGAUAAGCCACUCUCCCAGCAGCAGCUACGACACGUCAGUGGAGGCACGAAUCCAGAAGGAAGAAGAGGAGAUUCUCAUGGCUAACCGGCGCUGUCUAGACAUGGAAAGCAGGAUAAAGAAUCUCCAUGCUCAGAUCAUAGAGAAGGAUGCCAUGAUCAAGGUGCUCCAUCAGCGCUCCAGAAAGGAACCCAUCAAGUCAGAUGCGCCACCUGCCAUGAGGUCCUCUAAGUCCCUAAUGUCUAUCUCCAACACUGGAUCUGGUGGUUCAGGACUGCUUUCUCACAGCCUGGGACUCAGUAGCUCGCCCAUCACUGAAGAGCGCAAGGACACGAGCUGGAAGGGGAGCCUGGGGGUUCUGCUGGGUCCAGAGUUUCGCACAGAGUCUCUCAGAACAGAGUCAAUCUCAUCAUCCCCCUCCCCGGUGCUUCCUUCCACCCCGAUGACAGCAGGCCACUCAAAGACGGGCAGCAGGGACAGCUGCACACAGACUGAGAAGGGCCAGAGUCAGGACACCAGCAAGCCCAGCACCCCAGCCCUGCAGAGCAUGACGCUGCCCGCCCGCCUCUCCAGCCCCAGCCCUGUCUACAUCCCUGACCGCAUAGCAGACGUCCCACUGUUUCACAGCAGCACCUUGGAGCGGAGGGUCCCGGUCCAGUCCCAUCUACAGCCACAGCUGCCAUCCCCAGCCCCACCCACCCAACAGGAAGUGGACAACGACAUGGUGGAGAUCCUCAUCUGACCCCAUGACCUCGGAAAAAACCAUCAUCCAAAUGAUUGACUGGAUGGCAGCUCCGUUGGAACAAACACAGAGACAGACUUGGAGGAUGAGCUGGGGUGACAGACCCGCACACAGACCUUUUCAUACUCUUAUGUUUACAUGUGCAUUCAUUCAAACACUUCCAGCAUGACUGGAGUUUCCACAUUUCCUUCAUUCUUUCACUGAAUCACUGUUUAUCAUCUUAGGAAACCUAGAAAUAAGAAGCAAUAAGCAGAAGUGUAGUGUCCCUCCCUGCCUCGUCUUAGCUAUUGUAGUUUUUCUAAAUAGGUGUUAAUAUGAAGUAGGGCUGCAAUUUAAGAUUAUUGUAUUACUGAUGCUUCCUCUGAUUAUUUCUUUGAUUAAUCAAUUAAUAGUUUCGUCUUUAAAACAUUCAAAAAAUGUGAAUAAUGCCCAUCACAAUUUCCCAGAGC